AUGGCUACUCGCGGACGAGGUCGAGCACGUUCACGUGAGAGUAGGAACGAGCAACCAGCGGACAACCAUGCCGAAUUCAUGACGGCGAUGAGGCUAGGUCAACCGGCCGGGAACGGCAACGGAAAUAGGAACGGCAACGGAAAUGUGAACGGCGAAGGGAAUGCUCAUGCUAAUGUUGAAGGGAAUGGAGAUAACAUGGGAGGCAUUCCUAUGACUUUGGCAACUUUCCUCAAGGUUCAUUCGCCAACAUUCCGAGGAUCAACUAAUCCUACUGAAGCGGACCACUGGUUCCAAGCCAUGGAGCGUGCUUUACAAGCGCAGCAUGUUCCAUACAAUCAGUAUGUGGAGUUUGCCACUUAUCAGCUUGCGGGAGAGGCCCAGCCCUGGUGGCAAGUAGAGUGUUGCAUGCUACAGCUACAGAACGCUGAGGUUCUGUGGGAUGUGUUCCGAACGGCCUUUUACAAGAAGUACUUCCCUGAGUCUGCAAGGGAAGUGAAGGAGAUGGAGCUUAUGCAACUGAAGCAAGGUUCCAUGUCUGUGGCUGAGUACACCAACAAGUUCGAAGAGCUUUGUAGGUUUUCUCGGGUGUGUCAGGGUGACCCGGAGACCUUCGAGAGCUGGAGGUGUAUUAAGUACCAGAGGAGUUUGAAGGAUAGCAUUAUGACUGCUGUUGCCCCUAUGGAGAUCCGUGUCUUCUCUGACUUAGUGAACAAAGCAAGGGUGAUGGAAGAAUAUGCUAAGACAGUGGCUGCGUCCAAGGACACUCAUGGAGAAGGUAGUAGCAAGGGGCGUGGCAAGUAUCACCAUCCAAGGGGUCAAAGCUUUAAAAGGGGAGGAUAUGCGCAUCAAGGUCAAAGAGGUUUCAGGAAUAACACUCAUGAUCAGUUUCAGCAUCCUAAGGGAAGAGGGAGCCAGAGUGGGUGCUUUAACUGUGGAUUGCUUGGUCAUAUCGCGAGGGAUUGCACUCAUGGGAAGAACCCGAAUGCGGGUCAGGGUCAGCACCAGGGGCGAGUCUUUGCUGUAAAUGCCAAGGAUGCUUCCAAGGCGGAUCCGUUGAUGAGAGGUAUUUGUUUAUUUAGUGAUAAGACUUUAAUUACAUUAUAUGAUACUGGAGCAUCGCAUUCUUUUAUCUCAUUUUCUAAAUUCGAAGAGUUAGGCUUGAAAAUGUCAAAGUUACCUUUUGAUCUGCAUGUACAUACUCCGCAUCAGACAGUUAUGACUAGAUCAAGUUGUAGAGAAGUAGGUUUCAAGCUUGAGGGUAGAGAUUUUGUACAUGAUUUGAUCUGUUUACCUAUGGUUGGGUUGGAGUUGAUUUUGGGGUUUGAUUGGUUGUCGAAGAAUCGGGUUUUGUUGGAUUGCUUUGAGCGGACAAUUUGGUUUAUGCCGGAAGGAGAGAGUGGAGCAGUGAUAACCGCAGGAUACUACCUGAACUCCGUGAUGGUAUUUUCAGAAGAUAUCCCUGAGUUUCCACCUCAAUGGGAGAUUGAGUUUGUGAUAGACUUGGUGCCUGGAGCCGGACCAGUGUCGAUUGCACCGUAUAGGAUGGCUCCAAAAGAGCUAGCCGAGUUAAAGGUUCAGUUAGAAGAGAUUCUGGCCAAGAGGUUCAUUCGACCGAGUGUAUCACCGUAG